CGGCUCGAAAGCUGCUUCGUGAUUAUCACGCAAGCUCCCUAAAAACAUCACUACAAUUUUUUUGUCGAUGCUGUUGGUAUACAAUAUAGUUCACGGGUGAACGCUUCAAAUACGCCAAAUAACUGGAUUUUACUUUUCUGGUAUUGACCAAAAACAAGCCUUCUGAAAGGUUGUUUUCUCAAAUCUGCAAUGAGGAGAUUCCGUAAUGGUAUUGGAGUUGCUGAUUCGAUUUGAAUAAUACCUGAUGGCUAUUGGUUGGCGGGAAAUGUUCAAAAAUCACAAUGGCAUUCUAGCAGGGUGUGAGCUUCAAGUAGCGUAGAUGCUGUGACGAUUUGCUGGCUGAUAGUUAGUGAGUGAAGUUGUUGGUGAUUUAACUGGUUUAAAAUAGGUGCAGGAAGCAUGCGGGGUAAGGGUGAUACAUGGAGAUGUCCUGCUGGACUAGGUUAGAAAUAAAACUCCCAAACCCCACCUGCGCCUGCACCUGGAUCUAAUACCUUAAGGAUUGUUGCCGCUGCUAAUUGUAAUUGGGAAUUGGAAAUACUGUAUUAUUAAGUGGUGUGCAAGCUUUGCUUGCUUUCUGGAUGGGCAAUGUUAGAGAUGCCGAGCGGACUCGGUGCAACAACAAUGGGUAUUGGCGUUAGUCAUAGUAAUCCAAGUGGUGACAGUGUCACAAGCGGAUGCCGACUUCGUGCCCACUCACAAGGCCAGCAACAGACACAGUCUCAGCAACAAAACUCAGAACAAUCAGACCAAACCUUGCAAGAGUGUCAACCAGCCCAAAAAGAUGCUCAGCGACAGAAUCCAUCCCAUUCUGGCCGAACCAAAAAAGACAAUUGCUGCUUGUGCUGGUGCUGUUGUUGCAGUUGCUCGUGUUUGGCAGCUGUUGGUACGGGUAAUGAAACUUCUGGAACAGGAGAUUCAAAAAAGAAGCGCGGUAAUAGUGGUAUCGGAGCGGAUUCUGCAUCAGGUGGUGGUCUUACAGAUCAAAAUUCGGGAACUGGCAACGGAUUGGACGGAUUAGAUGCAAUGGAUGGUUCUGGUACAGAAUGCUGUGGCCUAGAUGAAGUACGAUCAUGGGGAUCGUCAUUUGAUAAAUUAAUGCGCAGUGCUACUGGAAGAAAAUUAUUUCGUGAAUUUCUUAUUAGCGAAUAUAGUGAAGAAAAUAUUGCAUUUUGGUUGGCUUGCGAGCAAUUGAAACGCGAAAAUAAUCCGGAUAAAAUAGAAGAAAAGGCACGAUAUAUUUACGAGGACUACAUAUCAAUACUGUCGCCUAAAGAGGUUAGUUUAGAUUCACGUGUACGUGAAAUUGUUAAUAGAAAUAUGAGUCAACCAACACCCCACACAUUUGAUGAAGCACAACUACAGAUUUAUACCCUAAUGCAUCGUGACUCGUAUCCACGGUUCGUAAAUAGUGAUAUAUUUCGCCGAGUCGCGAGACUCGGUAGUGGACCACCAAGUCCAGCAGAUGAUUCUGGUGGUAUCGUUGCUGCCGUUGGUGCCGUAGUAGCUCCAGCAAUACCGUCUGUCGGUAAACCUAAGUCAAAAAAAUCCAUUUCGUAGUCUAUUAUUAUGUGUCGGCAACUGUUAUACAUAAUUUGUGAUUUUCAAAUUAGUGACAACAAACAACAACAACAACAAAAUAAUUUAAUUAUUUAAUUAACUAAUUAAUGUACUAGUUUAAUAAUCGGUUCCAAUUUUUCGUUUUUUUUCUUUUAAUUUAUUAAUUUAUUUAACGCAUGCACGGUUAUCCUGUGUUAUCAUGUCUGUAAAGUGGACGUUUAUCGAUCGGUAUAUUGUAAUAAAUAUAAAGGCAAUUCAGAUUUCUAUUUCUUCCAUCAGCGUGGCAUAAUGAUAUCAUAAUGACACUCUUUUGAAGCCAUUAUUGAAUGCUUUUUUUAAAUGUACUCUAUUAGUAUCAUUAGACCCGAUUAAUUAUAGAAUUGUAUACACUAACAUAUUUAAUAACUUUAAAUAAAUUUUUUAUAAUUUAUAUUAAUUUAUAGUUCUUCCAAAAUAUUUUUAUGGCAAAAUUAUAUAUAUCUUAUACACAGAAAAAAAAAUUUCUUGGCAAAAGAAAAAUUUUUUAUUAUGAAAUGAAAACAAAAAUUUUCUUAGGACUAGAAAAAUUUCUAGGCUCAGGAAAAUUUUUUCUCGCCCACGAAAAUUUUCUUUUUCAAUUCAUAAUAUAAAAAAUUUUUUCAGGCAAUUAAAAAUUUUCUUGGGGCUAGUAAAAUUUUUAGCGCCAAGAAAUCCUUUUUUUUGUGUAAGCGCAAAUCAGGAUAACCAUGCAUGCGUUGAGUGAAGCGUAGUGCGUAACAAGUGUACUAAACUGUUAUCCGUAAAACCUAAUUUCUUUAGUAUUCGUCGGCGAGUUGUGCGCGCGCACCUCUGACUGGUGCUAAAGCUAUUGCGCUCGACGAAUAAUGGCUUACUUAAUCCACUCGUUACACAAUAUACUAAAAUUAUUAAUAGACUCUAACGUAUAUAUUUAUGUAAUAAACCCACCUCUGUACCUGUAGCUACGAUGGACUAUCGCUAAGCCGUAAUGAUUUAGUGUAUAUAUUAGGGUGACGCUAAAUAACUCACUAUUUUCUUUUUUCAAUCUCUUAUCAACAUUUGUUAAUUUAAAAUGGUAUAAGAAUUUUCUCUAAAAAUCAGUUAGACAAAAAAUCAUUAAAAGGUCGCUCACGAAUUUCGAAAAUUCCAAUAUGAAUCAAAAUUCUAAUUUUUUUUUUGUAAACUUUUUAUUUCACUUUUUUGGCAUAAUAAUUUCAAACUAUAAAACUAAUACUAUGCUAAAAAUUUUAGCACAAAAUAUAAAUUUUUAUACGUUGCUCAAGAAUUUUGAAUGGUUCCGAGUAUUGUCUUUUUUACGUUAAUUUGUAUUAUACACUGAAAAAAAUUCGCGGAGUGAGUGUGAAACGGAUGACUGGUUAUUUAUUCAAUUCUCUCGAAGUGAAAUUCAUUCCUAAGAGGAGAUUAUUUUAAUAUUACAAUUACAACUCUGAAUGGGAGUAAAUGCAGAUUUAAAUAAAAUCCAAAUCACUUCACUGAAAAACCAAACUCCUUAUUUAUUCCGUUUGCGGAGUGAUUUUUUUUGAAAUUCCGGAUUUCUGAGUGACGGAGUAAAUUCGGAUUUAAAUAAAGUCCGUAAUCACUCAAAAUUAUUCACAGCGUACUGUAUAAAAGUAGAAUCCGAGGCAUAGAAAAAAUAAGUUAUUUACACUUUAAAACCAAGUGUGUAGUCAAAAUUUACACACUUACCAAAUAACAUUGAAACGCCAUAAGCAAUUUAUAGAUAAUUAAUACACCGCGAAACGUGUUUUAAAUGACUACAAAAAACUAUAGUUUCGCUUAUAGCCUUAAACAUAAAACACAUUCAAUAAGUAUUAAAAUAGUACACUUGUAAUAAACUUGGUUUUAGAGAAUACUCCUAUUUAUUUUUUAAUUUAAUUUUAGGUUUCUUUGCUAUCAAAAAUUCUCCCAAUUUUGAUUCUUAAAAUAAUCCAGUACAUUUUUGUUUCUACAACUUGUAUUUUAGUAGAAAGAUAAUAAAUGUUUUGUAAAAAAACAUUCAAAAGUUAAGUAACAAUAGUAGUUACGUAAUAUGCAUUGAAAUUCCAAAUUCUAGAGCAAGUUUGAAAAUUUAUAUUUUUAGAUGAAACUUUCAUUCCAAUAUUUAUUUUACAGUUAGAAAUGAUAAAGAAGAAAUUUAUAAAAAAAAAAAAUCCGAAUUUUAAUUAUGUUAGAAUUUUCUAAAUCCACGAGUGACCACUUAAAAUUUUCUAUGGGCCUGAUUUUUAAAGAGGGUUCUUAAAACGCCUUAAACUAACAAAUUUUAAUACCAGACUUAAAAAAUUAAAAUAGUUGAUUUUGUUGCGCCACUCUAAUAUAUUAUGUAUUCUUUUCGAAUGCGUUAAUUAUUUGAAUCUAUUGAUACAUAUAUAACAAUAAUAAUUAAGAUUGACUAUUUAUUAUUGAUAGUAAUAUUUAUAAUUACUAAGGGUACAUAAAUUAUUAAUUGAUAAUGAAAUAAUUUAUCAAUGAUUAUUGAUAUUAAAAAAAAUUAUAAUAAAAAAUGAUGAGUGAAAAAAAAAAGUAAAUAUAAUAUUUAAAUUCAGACUAUGGGCCCAUUGACAAUCCAAUUAUCACUUCUCUUUAAACGUGUGUAAUGUAUGCGUGUUAUUUAUAAUUAUAGUUAUAAGAUUGUUAAAGUUUUUCAUUUUUUUUCCAUUUGAUUUUUAUAGGGUUUUAUGAAAAUCAAUGGUUUUGUUAUACUUUAUUUUUGGGGCUAAUAUUAUCUUAUAUUUUUGUAAUUGUUUUUUUUUGUGAGGAAAAAUUAAUUGAUAAUUUUAAUGGAUUUUCAUUCUAUUUAAAAAAAAGUGCAAACUUUUAGUGGAAUUUAGAUUUUUUCUUAAAUUACUAAGAUCGAAAUGAUCUGAAUAUUGACGAUCUGCUGAAAUCAUUUUAGAAAAAUAAAAUUUUACUAAAUCUUAUUAUAUAUUAGGAUGUUUAAAAAAAAACAACAAAUUCUUUUUUUUUUAUGGUGUCCAAAAAUUGAAAGUAUAACUAAAAAGAAAAAUUUUGGUACCAAUCCGGACUCUUAAUAGUGAUAUUAAGAUCUGCCUCAAUCCAUUUUUCUAUUUUUCAUUUAAAUAACACGGGAAAAAAAUUUUUUGUUUUAGAAUUUUCUAGCUCACAAACCAAUAAACGGAUUGUUAUUCCUAGUAAAUGUUUGUGGAGGAAAUUGAACGUUCUACAAAAAAAAUCUUAUCAUUUUUGGAUAAAUCCCACUGUUCAAAAGUUAUUUAAGCUUCAAGUCAAAUUUAUAGUAAAUUUUGAGAUUUUUUUACUUUUCCGGAGAAAGUAUCAGUCUUAUCAAAAAAUGUCGUAAGGACAUUUUUGUAGAAAUCUUCAUUCCUUACACAUUAUUACGAAUAAAGUUUUUCGAAAUUCCACAUUGUUCACAAGUUAUUUGCAUUUCAAUGUCAAGCUCUUAAAAUCAAUCAGAAAUCUAUUUUUUUAAGAGUUUAAAUUUAUAGCAAAUUUUGAGAUUUUUUUACUUUUCCGGCAAAUGUAUCAGUCUCAUCAAUAUUUACUAUAAAUUUGACUUGAAGCUUAAAUAACUUUUGAACAGUGGGAUUUAUCAAAAAAUAAUAAGAGACUUUUUUUGUAGAGCGUUCAAUUUCCUUCAAAAACAUGUACUAGAAAUAACAAUCCGUUGAUUGGUUUGUGAACUAGAAAAUUCUAAAAAAAAAAAAAAUUUUUUUUUCAGUGUUAUUUAAUGAAAAAUAGAAAAAAUUGAUUGAGGUAAACCUUAAUAUCACUAUUAAGGGUCCGGAUUGGUACAAAAAUUUUUAUUUUCAAUUAUACUUUCAAUUUUUGGACACCAUAAAAAAAAAGAAUUUGUUGUUUUUUUUUAAAUAUUCUAUCAUAUAUAAGAUCUUAUCAUAUAUAUUUAUACAUGAGAUGUUAUCAGAUCUCAAUGUUGAAAGAUAUGGUCAGGUCUUACUAGACUUGUGUUAACAAAAAAUUAUGAAUGAUAAAAAAAAAUUUAAGAUCUUAAACGAAUCUGAAAAUAAAUGAUUUACUAAGAUCGAUCAAAUUAUUGCCAAAAUUUAUACAUUCGAUCUGAAAUAAAAGAUCCAUAGAAAUCAAAGUAGAUUUCUAUUGAUUUGACUUUAGUAAUAAAAUUUCAGAUCUAAUUUAUUACAAAUCUUAGAUUUUAGUUACAUUAAUUAUUUAAGUUGAUUUUAAAUGAAAACUGAAUUAUUAAUUAA